UGGUGGCCGGGCUGGUUCGGGCCGCGCCGGUUCGGGCCGCGCCGCCCUGUGCAACCACAGCUGCGCUGAGACGAGGGGAGAGAGAGAGGGGGCGAGAUGGUGUCGUGUGUGGGGAGCCGGACCCUGAGCAAGGACGACGUAAACUACCGCCUGCACUUCCGCAUGAUCAACGAGCAGCAGGUGGAGGAUAUCACGCUGGAGUUCUUCUACCGUCCGCACACCAUCACUCUCCUCAGCUUCACCAUCCUCAGCCUCAUGGCCUUCGCCUUCACCAGGGAUGAUUCUGUACCAGAGGAUAAUAUUUGGAGGGGUAUCCUCUCUGUGAUUUUCUUCUUUCUAAUCAUCAGUGUUCUAGCUUUUCCUAAUGGACCCUUUACACGUCCUCACCCUGCCCUAUGGAGGAUGGUUUUUGGUCUCAGUGUGCUCUAUUUUCUGUUCCUGGUGUUCGUGCUCUUCCUUAACUUUGAGCAGGUAAAAGCAGUGAUGUACUGGCUGGACCCUAAUCUUCGAUAUGCCACAAGGGAAGCAGAUAUUAUGGAGUAUGCAGUGAACUGUCAUGUUAUCACCUGGGAGAGAAUCCUCAGCCACUUUGAUAUAUUUGCUUUUGGACAUUUCUGGGGCUGGGCUAUGAAGGCUUUGCUGAUCCGCAGCUAUGGGUUGUGCUGGACUAUUAGCAUCACCUGGGAGCUCACUGAGCUCUUCUUCAUGCACCUUCUGCCUAAUUUUGCUGAAUGCUGGUGGGAUCAAGUCAUUUUGGACAUCCUCCUUUGUAACGGGGGUGGCAUCUGGUUGGGCAUGGUAGUUUGUCGUUUCUUGGAGAUGAGGACCUAUCACUGGGCAAGCUUCAAGGACAUUCACACAACCACAGGGAAAAUCAAAAGAGCUGUAUUACAGUUCACCCCAGCCAGCUGGACCUAUGUCCGCUGGUUUGAUCCAAAGUCUUCAUUUCAGAGAGUUGCUGGAGUCUACCUUUUCAUGAUUAUUUGGCAGCUAACUGAGUUGAACACAUUCUUUUUGAAACAUAUCUUUGUGUUCCAAGCAAGCCACCCUUUAAGCUGGGGGAGAAUUCUCUUCAUAGGAAUCAUUACAGCACCCACUGUAAGGCAAUACUAUGCUUACCUCACAGACACACAGUGCAAGAGGGUGGGAACUCAGUGCUGGGUGUUCGGGGUAAUUGCCUUCCUCGAAGCUAUUGUGUGCAUAAAGUUUGGACAAGAUCUUUUUUCCAAAACACAAAUACUGUAUGUUGUGUUUUGGCUUCUCUGUGUGGCCUUUACAACUUUCCUGUGUUUAUAUGGUAUGGUUUGGUAUGCAGAGUACUACGGCCACCGAGAAAAGACCUUAUCAGAAAGUGAAGACAGUCCAUACAGUCCAGAUGCUUCCUGGCUUCAUUCUAAAUUCAGCAGAGGUAUUCUGUUGCUGUAUUCCUGAAAUGCAGGUGCUGACAGUAGUCCACCAAAACAGUCAGUCAAUAGUGAAAGCCAUUCAUCUAGGAGGAGGAAUCGACACUCCAAAUCAAAAGUAUCAAAUGGAAUUGGCAAGAAAUAAGAAUGGUAUCUAAAGACAUCCUACAGUGUGACCAGAAGUGACAAAGAAGAUCAGACCUGGCUCUGAAUUACCAAAUGGAAGAUCAAUUUUUAAAUUAAAAGUUUAAAAAAGGAGGUGUUGAAGAGAAGGAUGAUGAAGAUGGAGCCAACAGUGUUGUGCAGACCGUUGCCUGAUGACACUUGCCAUUCACUGAUGUAAAUACAGUUUCUUCAGUGUGUGGCACCAAAAGUUCAUGAAGGGUAUACUGGAAAAAAUGUUGUUUUAUCAUAGCAGGUACUCCCUGUUUUGUGUUCAGGUGUUGCAAGUUCAUUUUUAAUAUCUUAGUUGAGGACUUAAACCCAAAGGUUAGUAAACUGAUGGUCAGUUGGCAUAGUUAAUUGGAAUUUUAUUUUUGUUUGGUUUAUUGUGCUGUUUUCUAGAAGAGUAUGCAACCCUUUUGACUACUCUGCCCUUCUUUCUCAGCGUCACAUCAAAAUUUCCCAUGCAAUUGUUAGUAUUUAAAAAUUUAAUAUUGCUUGCUUUUGUUUAAAUGCUCUUUAGGCCUUAUGUCAGGGUUUUACCUGGAAGUAAAUGGGUCCAGGUUUCUUGUAAAUGAUGUGAAAUUGAUCUUCAAACACAGAGGGUUUUUGUUCCACAUUGUCCUUCUGCCUGAGUCAUACAUUUUCAAUUUUUUUAAGUUUUUAAAAUACAUAUAUAAAAAUCUGCUUCAUAGUAGAGGGCUGUGCCUCCUGUCCUCAGUGACAGAGGUCACUUUAUUUCAUUGUUUUUCCUUCUCUAUUGUAGUGUUUUGCAUUUUCAGGUGUAAAUUUGUCUUUUUUUCACCUGUGCCACAUUGUGUACUUUUCUUCCUACUUCCUUCUAUUUGCUUCCAUCCUAUCUGGACCCAGAAAUCCUAUUGUUUUCAGACUGGUAUCAGAAACUGCUUUGAAGGCUCAGAUGCCCUACUGAGCUUGGUGAUAAGGCAGUUUUUUGCUGAAGCUAAGUAGCGUACUAUCUCCAUAAACAUAAUUAUUUGUGAAGACUUGCUGUAGUCUUUGGUGUCUGAGAGGCAGCAUGAGGUCACUGUGAUUGACCCCAUUGCUGUGGUGUUUCCUAUCAUGCAUCAGAUACUCAACAGCAAAGUUACUCUUUCUUGCAAGUUUGGUAGUUUGGUUUUUUGGGGGGGUUUUGUUUGUUUGUUUGUUUUUUGAGAGGAAUGAUUUACUUUUUAUCUGGGUGGUUGUGUUUUGUUGUUUUGUUUGUUUGUUUUGUUGUUGUUGUUUUUUAAUAUAUAUUAAUUGUGACAUCUAGCAAAGUGGAUAAUUCUCCAGCAGUGAAUGUAGUAAUUAAGUCAAGAGGUAAGAAAUCAUGAGCAAUCAGUUUCUGUAUUAAGUUAUCAAAAUGUUUUAGUGCCAAUUAAAUUUUGGUAUUCAAGGCAUUCAGGGGGGUAGGUAGCCUAAGCAAGGAUAAGUAAUACCCUUAGUUACUUAGUCUUUAUGAGAAAAUGGGAUUUCCCCUUUUUUUUUGACUAAUGUUACUGUGAUUUGCCACAGGCUAGGUACUAAAGAAAAAAUGCAGUAGAGAAUUUAUACAAGUGUAUGAUACUGUAAAUAGAAGAAAGUAUCCUAUGUAAUCCAUCAAUUCCUAUGUGCCACAGAUUAUCAAUGUUUUCAAUGCACUUAAGUGUUGUGCUGAGUUCCUCAGAGGCCUUUAAUUUCCUUCCCUGCUUUUCAAUCAAACAUGGAGCAUACAACUUGGAAAGUAAUGUAGUGGAAGCUGCUAUAUCAUCACUGGUGCAGUGACAUUUAAUGUAACAUGAAAAAAUAUGUUAGGAAGAUUUUCAGGCUGUCCUACAACUACUUUGCUUUCAUUCAUACUAUAGCAAUUCCAUAUAUUGCCUUUGUACUUGUAAUGUACUACAUAUUGAUGAAUGUAUUUGUAGAUUUCUUUGGAUACUGAGACUUGUUACUUCUUUUGUUUCCUUGGUUAAAAACUCAGUCUGUGUAAGACUGAAGAAUGGCAUUGUAAAUUUUCUAUCGAUUCAAUACCAAAGUAAGAGGUUUGAAAUCUAAUGGUUUAGGUAUUUUAAGUACUGUGGUUUUCCAAUGUGAGAGCUUAUUUUGUACUUGUAAGGGGUAUACACACCAACUACGUAUACAAGGCUUACAUGUGUAAACAGAUGCUGAAGUACAACAUCUAUCUGCCUGUGGGGACAAGCACAAGUUUUGUAAAUGUAGACCUGGUGCUCACAUUGCUGAACUGCACCCUAAAAAUAUUGGAAAGAGAAAUACUGAAGUGUCAUCUCGUUGGAAGCUGACUUCUGUAUACUAUUAUAACAGCUUGGCCUUGAAGAAAUGUUGUUUGACAACAUUUAAAUUAUUUCCAAUUAAGUGUUUUUACUUUAAACUUUUGUGUUUGGUUGGGUUUUUUUGGUUGUUGUGUCGUGUUUGGUUUGGGGGGGGUUGGGAGGGUGUUGGUGUUUAUUGGUUUGGUUUUUUGUGGGGUUUGGUUGUUACUUUUUUGAGGUUGUUUGUUUGUUUGUUUUGCUUGGGUUUGUUGGGGUUUUUUCUUACUUUACUUUAAAAGAGAGAUGGCUAGCGAGAAGGGAAGCGUAAGUAAACUAUUCAAGUGCUGCUUGGUAAAUGACACUUUGUCUGUUCUAUCAGCGGUUCUGGCUGGAAUUCACAUGUGUUCUCACAAGUCCUCCACUGACUGGCAACUGUAUUUUCAGCCCAUCACUUUGGAUGUGAGCUUUGCACUGGAAGGCAUUGGAAAGGUGCUUUUGAUCACUGCUGUAAAAUUAGUGAUCUCAGUUUCAUCAGUUACCGAGCUGUUGCUGAAUUCCUUAUGUGUGUAACACCUAUAAUGACAAGUCACUGAGCUGUUUAGCAACACGCAUCCAUGUGUGAGUUCUGCUGCUUGAACAGUGUUUUGUACCAGUCAUGGAUGUGCUGUCCUGUUUUUAACUGCUUGUUCUGUCACAGCCUCUCGUUCCUACUUUCCUGCUUCUGAUGUUCUUUCCUUUCUCUGUCCUCCAGUGAUCUCCCGUGCUGCUAUGGAGAGAUUGGAAUUAGCCCUCCAGAGGCUGUCCAUCAAUGUCAGUCACUGAAGGGAGGCUAAUUUGAGGCAGUGGGGUGUAAGCAGAGGGUAGUGGCAAGAAUUUUAAGUGGUAGAUUAAAUAAAAAUGGAGAAUUUUAAAGCAGAGGUAUACAAUGAACUAGAGAUCGUGUUGAGCACUGAAUUCCAGUUGUGAGGUUGCUGCAUAGUUCAUACACCACAUCUAAUUAAAUAUUUUGAGCAUGGUUUCGACCAAUUCUUUUGUUACUCUUCUGUGAAGAUCAUCACUUGUUCCAGCUGUUAAAACAUUAUUUUUUUUUACUUUAUUAUCACAAGAGGACACGGAUGUUACCACAUAUUUAAUAAUUUUGAAUAAAAUUACUCUGUAUUGAUUGCAAAGUAUUGUAUUUUGCAAUAAUUGAGUAAAUCAACCCAUGUCACCA